CGUAAAUAUUUAGAUCGGAACACGGCAGGACAGGAACAUGUGGGUCGACAGAUAUGAAUGUCUCAAAUAGACAAAGAGUAAAAUGAACGAAUUAAGUUGGAAAUAUGCUGCUGGAUGCUCGGUUAGACAGUUCGGGGUUAUCUAUCAUCUAGUUUUGUUGAGAUAAAGCCGCUGACAUGUUUUUGCCGGCUUGUAGCAAGAGCUGGUUGAGCUGUGCUAAAGGACACACACACAGACUGACUGUCAGCACUGCUGCCACCUGCCACUACAGCUGCCAUGACAAAACAAAGGCAAACUUACCGCUGAAAAACACUACAUCACAGCAACAAUGGCUUCAGAGACUGAAGACCAGAUGCUGGAGCUCCUCACCUCUGAGCUGUAGACCAGAUCUGGACCUUCAUAGAGAAGUCAAUCAGAGAUCAGAACAUCUCUGCUCUGUUAUAUGUAGAGCAAAAGUAUCUAAACAUCACUGCAGGCUGCACCUGCCGCUGUCUAGCGUGUAUGGUGCAAAUGGGUUUUGUACUGAAGCGUCUAGAAAGCCAGUUUUGGAAAAAAAGUCUUCUGAAAAGGGUGAAGAUCAAGCAGCCUCUUCACCUGCAGCUAAUGAGGGACAUUUCCAGUUGAAAGAGCUGUAUGAGAAUCCAUGGACGAUCCCUAAUUACCUCUGUAUUGCCCGGAUCGUUCUGUCUCCUGUCCUGGGAUACUUAGUCAUGGAGCAGUACUUCCACGUCUCUCUGGGGCUUUUUGCACUGGCCGGAGCAACCGACUUGUUGGACGGCUACAUCGCACGUAACUGGCCCAAUCAGAAGUCGGCUCUGGGCAGCGCUCUGGAUCCAUUGGCUGAUAAGAUUCUCAUCAGUGUUCUUUACGUCAGUCUGACAUAUGCACAACUCAUCCCAGCUCCACUGACAGCACUGAUCAUUUCCAGAGAUGUAGCACUGAUUGCUGCUGUUUUCUAUGUGCGCUAUAAAACAGUUCCACCUCCAGUAACACUCAGUAAAUUCUUCAACCCGUGUUACACCACUGCUCGGCUGAAACCAACACUCAUCAGCAAGAUCAACACGGGUGUGCAGUUGUUUCUGGUGGCGGCGUCUCUGGCUGCGCCGGUGUUUCACUACACUGACAGUGUUUUACUGCAGUCACUGUGGUUCAUCACCGCUCUGACGACCGCAGCAUCCGGUUACAGCUACUAUCAUUACGGCAAAAAGACCGUUGAGGUGCUGAACAACACAAAGUAGUUGUACAGUCAUCUGAGAUUGAGCUUUGACCAAGAUAUCUGGAUAAUCAGUCUUUGUGCAGGAUGGAAAUUGAU